GCGUCGCGCGUCUUCCAAAAAAAGUAACUUGUCUAGAAUCGUAGUUAGCUAUCCUUUGUCCUUCGUCGUUAACGGCGUGAAUCGACUACCGUUGCGACGCGCGAAUCGGCGCGAAUCAGCCAGUGGUAUGAGGACCUCCAUGCUUUUGGAGGCCAACACAUCAGCGUAAAAAAGCAAGGCAACAGGCACCAUGAGUGCCCCGCGCAAGUUCGCGACGCUCGCGGCCGACGCCCUGCGCCGCAGCGUCUCUCCCGAGAUGGAGCGCGCCGUCGAGGUGCAGCUGCGGGAGGUGGUGAGGCGAGUGUGGUGGGUGCUGCAGCCCUACCGGUCCUUCGGCGAGAGCCGCGUCACUAUUAGAAGGACGGAGGACACCAUGAAAUACAUCCGCGGCCUGCCGGCCGACUCGGGGCAGCGGGCGGCGGCGACGGCGAUGCGAGCGCGCGACGCCGCCCAGACCGCAUGGCGCGUCUACGCGACGUACCCCUUGACGAUCUGCGGGGGUAUCCUGGGCGCGUACGGCGCGGUGGCGACGGUGACGGCGCCGAAGAAGCGCCAGUCGUAGUAGUAUCUUGUGUAAAUAAAUUUCCCGCG